ACAAAGCAAAAGUGAAAAACGCAUACAAAAAUAAAUAUAAUUCAAUGAAAAGUUGCAUCCCCGCGUUGCAAAGUUAAUUUUAAUACUGAAAAGCAUCAACUGCUCACAUAUUCUAACAGUUUUACGAGCAUCUUGAGCUAAGAAGUAACUCUAAAUAUAAAUCAGGGAAGGGAGAAGCGUUAAAAUGGCAACCAGCGAGAUUUCAAGCUCUAAUGAGCGCCACUAUUAUGCUAAAUUGGAAGCCAUUAAGGAUAUACGCGACAAAACGUUAGCGCUGGAAAAGCUUAAGGUACGCAUCAUAAAGGAGGUAAAGCUGAGCGAUGAUGAGGAGAAAUGCCUGGACGAGUACCGCAAGGAGAUGGAGCAUCUGCUCGAGGAAAAAAUGUCCCAUGUGGAGGAGCUGCGUCAAAUACACGCGGAUAUCAACGACAUGGAGAACAUCAUAAAGCAGACUAAGGAGAAUCAAACACGCUCGUUUGACAUGGCCAAUCGCGUCUAUGAGGAAUAUCUGGCGCUUAAAUAUCAAAUCGAUCACAUGCGACGUGAUUAUCUAGGCCUAAGCCCGCUGCGUGAUCUACAUGAGGAAGAGGGUAGCCCCAUAUCCAAGGAUCGCUUUCAGACAAACUUUCUCAAAGUUGCUGCACAAUCUGCGGCGGCGGCAGCAGCAGCAGCUGCGGCAGCGGCUGCAGCCACACAGCCCUCAUCCUUAGCACGGCCACACGCACGGCAUGCACUCAUGCCAGAGGCAACGGUCACAACAUUACCACCCAACUCGGGCAACGCUGGCGGUGGAGGCGGUGGCUCAGUGCAAAGUGGUGGCGGUGGCGGAGGAGCAGCUGGCCAUGCUUUCAUGCCACCAGCACCGCCGGGUGCAGCUGGAAGCGCUGGCGCUGCAGCCGCAGCAGCUGUAGCUGCUGCACGUUUGGGUAAAAGCGAUUUCUCCGCACCGCCCCCACCGCCACCGUCGGCUACAAAUCGCCUGCAGCAGUCGCCCUCGAUUGGUAUUGGUCAUCAUCCAUCGUUUCGCUCAGAUUUCAAUGUGAAUCUGCGACAACAGCCGCCUCCUAUGAAGUCGUGUUUGUCCUGUCACCAACAAAUCCACCGGAAUGCGCCCAUUUGUCCCCUAUGUAAGGCUAAGUCUCGUUCACGCAAUCCAAAAAAGCCCAAGAAGAAGAACAAUUAAGUACAUUUUGGGCACCCAAACUCACUCAUCAGGGGUGUCGCCAGUUUAUUUUAAGGGAGUGCAAAACAUACAGACAAGCUUAAAAACAAUCUCCGAGCUCCUUUUUUAAGCUAAGUAAUGUACAAUUUCAGUAGUAAUCUCCCUGCACGCCCCUUGCCGACGCCCCGUCACUCUCAUUUAAAAAAAGCAUACAAAAGUAUUAAAAACUUGUUUCUCAACACAGCUAGUUUAUAGGUUCUCUCAUAUUUUUCACUACAAACUAAGCUUAAUGUGUCAAAUUAAAAUUAC